AUGUCACGUGCUGAUGUGCAGCGGCCAUACGAUUUCUUGCCACCGCUCCACGAGGCUGUGGACACGUAUGGCGUGCGGUCGCUGCAUCCUGCGAUCGCAGAGGUGUGGUUCACCAGCCACGCGUCCUCAGAUUCUUUGCCGUCGCCUCUUCACGAGUCUCGGCGUAAGCUCCUCGAGCAAGCCGUGCAGCAAGCAACGAAUGAAGCACCGCCUGUUGCAGUUGCGACAGGCGCAAACUCCCUGUCGAAGAGGCCGUCAACCUGCGAGGAAUUGCUGCAGUUUCUAGCCGAUUGGCUGCGCACGGGACGUGAAGCUUUGCGGAGCGAGUUCGAAAGCAAGCUCCGUGAGUCGUAUACGUGGCCUGUAGCAGACCGGCGGCAAAUGGUGGAAGUUCACCGUCAAAAAUGGAGAGCACUGGAGGACAGCUUGCGACAGCUUGACGACGCAAUCCGUGCUCCUAGCACAGAGCCUGAGCUCGUGGAGAGGAAGGCCCAAGCUGCCCUGUCCCGGCUGACAUCUCUUCGGGACAGCCCCUUGAAGCUGCAGGUGCAGGUCCUGCGGGAAGUGAAGCUACAGUAUUGGCCAAGUCCGUCUGGGAUGUCCAGUCUGCGACCCGAAGAUGUUCCGACAGAUGCAGAGGUGGAUGCUUGGCGAGACGACAUGCCACAGCCUGCACCUGUUGUUCAAGAUCUCCCGGGACGUGAAAGUAGUGAACCCGUCGCACCCGCCAUCAGUGUCGAGACACAGACGCCUGUUGACAUCCUAUCUGAUGCGGUGCCACUGUCGCUGCGACAGCGUCCCAGCCCACAAGGUGUGCCAGCCGGCGAAGCGGACUUAACUAUGCAUGUGGGAGCCGUGCCAGUGGUACCCGCAGCGAGUAGCAGGAGCAUGCCAGAAGGAAUCGAUGGGGGUUUGGCAGAUGUCUUCGCGGGGAUGGACGAGAAAGAACGUGAAGCUUUUGCAACUAUAGUAAAGGAGCAAGAUGAGCUUGCUCAGCAAAAAGCAGAAUCGGAAAGGGCACUGCACCAAAAGGAACGGUCAAUCCAAGAGCAGGAGGAAGCUUUCAAGGACGAGCUGGAAACUCUGCGGCAGGAAGCAAAUAAAGCCGAAAGCAAGCUUAAACGGAAAGCGGAAGAAGACAUUCUGCGGAAAGAGCAAGCUCACCAGGCUGCUCUUCAUGCUGAGAAAGAAAAGCUAUUCCACGAGCGAUACAAGCUUCGCACGCGCUUCAUGGGCGAGCAGCUCGUGCUGGAAGCUCGAAAGCUCAAGGAUGAGUUGCUCCGACACAAACGCAUCAGGCCUUUGCGUGCCGAGGCCGUCAAAGUCCUUUGGCGAACGCAGGAGGAUCUGAACCGGAUUUUGUGUGGCAAGCAGCUGCUGCAGCGCAGAUCCAAUGGGGCUACGCUGCAAUCCGAAAACCUGUGCGCUUUCGCCAUCGGCAGCGUCCGUGAGUGGUUGUUCCGAUCACGGGAGUGGAUAGAAGCAAGCUCUUUUGCACCGGGCGGGAAGACCAUUGAGACCGCUUCCGAUCUUGCCCAACGCUCCGAACCUCAAUUGAAAGCGCAGCUGACGGAAGCCAUGGGCACGAUUGCAUCCUUCAAGGCCCGAGCGAAGGCGCUCGCAAGCAGGAUGCACCCGGAGCAAAAGGCCAUCACCUCCAGGUCGGAGCCAAGGCCCGUGGUGGCUGAAGGCCUGAGCAUCGAAAGCGAACAAGCCGAG